GGGAGGGGACAGGUAUGAGUGAUGUGGUAAUGUGCAGAGUGUCGUCACUCCGUCCUGCCUUCCAGCUCCACAACACACAGCCACUCAGUGAAGUCUUUACAACACUUCCUGUCAGCGCACAGAGAAACCAGAGCAGUGGACAGAUUUACACCGCGCUCACAUGGUGUCCCACCAACAGGACUGGAUAAAGCUAGGUUUUGUGCUGGAUUACAAUUCCUGGAUUCCUUUAGCAUUGUGGCUAUGGGAGGUAGAGAGGAGGUAUUGGUGAGCAGUAUUGGGUCAACCAUGCAGUUUCCACACACCAGUUUGAACCGUUUUAGGCUUCGUCCUUUCCAAAGCCCAGAGGGGAGAAAGCGCAUAAAGCCAUCUUCCCUAAAGAAAAAAGCCAGAAAUCCCAGCCCCACCGAGAUGAGCGUGGAGCCCUGGGCCAGCCCGCAGGACCAGGCAGCCGCUGAGCACGCACACAGCACGCACACGCCAUCCUCCCAGGAUCAGGAGCAGCACCCCGACAAACUCUGCCUGGACUCGUUCUGGAGUGAGGUGGAGACCAUCCGACAGGGGAGUGGCUACGCAGACCUCGACAGUACCAAGAGGGACUCCAGACAGUCAGAAGAAGGCGAACAGGAGGAGCAGUGGUUGGCCGAUGCUGGUUUAUCGACCCUCCUAAGCGAGGACAGCGAGGAUGUAGACAACGCGGUGCUGCUGUUGACUCUGACCCGGACCCAGGCCGAGGCCGUCCAGCGACGACUGGAUUCCUACACGCUGUCGCGCCGCAAGAAGAACAAACCCGCGCCGCGCGACGUGCGUGAUAUCUUCAACUCCCCCAUCACUCAGACCCUUCUGCCUGAGUCCCAUCAUAGUGAAGACCCUGCCCAAAACAGCAUGGCAUCGGUUGCCAAAACAACACUAUCAGCUGUGACAGCGGAGCAUCAGCGAGGCACUCCCAAAGAGGAAGUCUUCAUCACCGAUGUGGCUUACUGCGAACAGGCCGUCAUCUUCCUUAAACAGGCCAAACUGCCACAGAACAAAAGCCAACGCAGAAAAGAGGAUGGCACCCUGCCUCGGGUGAUCUGCCCUAAGUGCCGUCUCGGGGUGACUCGUAUUCAGGAUCUCUCCCACAGUGACAUGAAGAAGGUGCGUCAGCUGGCUCUCAUCGACAUGACGGCGCUAUGCGACCUCUUAGAGCUGGAGGUCAAAAGGCACAAAACCAGCAAGAGGAAAAUUCCAGAGAGCACGCUCUACGGGGUGCCGCUGGCGACGCUGCUGGAGAAUGAUCAGAAAAUAAAGCCCCACACCUUGACUCCUCUUUUCAUGCAGGCGCUGUUGUCGUUUUUGGAGAAGAAAGGUGUCGAUUCGGAGGGAAUCCUACGGGUUCCAGGUUCUCAGUCCAGAAUCAAGCAUCUGCAGCAGCACUUGGAGAGCAACUUCUACUCAGGGCAGGUCAGCUGGGACGAGGUGAGUCCAAACGACGCCGCCGCGCUGCUCAAGAAGUUCAUCCGGGAACUGCCCGCUCCUCUGCUCACCGCCGAGUACCUCAACACCUUCAGCGCAGUCAGAGACAUCACAGAGCUGAGGCAAAAACUCCACAUGUUAAACCUGCUCAUCCUGCUGCUGCCUGAGCCCAACAGGAACACACUAAAGGCCCUCCUCGAGUUCCUCAGUAAGGUGGUUUCCAGGGAGAGAAGAAACAGGAUGAACCUGUGGGCCGUAGCAACCAUCAUGGCUCCCAACCUCUUCCUCCAUAAGGCCGUCCCCAGCAGACUGACUGAGGGGGCAGAGAAAGGGCAUGUGGAGAAGGCAGCUGAUGUCAUGAGGCUCCUCAUCCGCUACCAGGACCUGCUCUGGACGAUCCCUAAUUUCCUGAUGAGCCAGGUGCGUAAGCUGAAUGAAAACAGUAACCGGCGUUACCAGUUCUACGAUCGCCGCAUCAAGAACCUGCUGAGGAAGAUCCACACAGACAGCCGCGAAAAACCUGAUAAAAACACCGCAGAUCCGUGCCGUACGGUGAAGAUCCAGGUCGGGGAUCUAGUGAGCGGCACAAUGGAGUUCCCGUUCAACGUCAACUCCCGAGCCUCAGACCUGCUCGCCCAGUUUCAACACCAGUCCCUCCGCAGCCCCGACAAUGGAAAGGGCAAAAUGCGAAGAAAUGGCUCUGUGGCGUAUCCGGACUGUGCCCUGUAUGAAGUGGGAGGGAAUAUUGGCGAGCACUGCCUGGAUCCCGACGCACACCUUCUGGAUUUGUACAACAGUAACUCUGGAGGAGAGUGGGUCAUCAAGCUGAAACCCAACGCCAGCAGAGGGCUGUGAAGGAUGGGAAACAACUCGCCGGAAAAGGACAAAGGCAGAGUGUUAAAAAAAAGGAUUAAAUCCACGCAGCCCUCUCUUCUUGUCUUUUUCGUCCUUGGAUCAACAAGGGAGAAGGAGACAGAUGGAGGAAACAGCAACAGAUAGAUAGAGACUCUGCCAGGAGCAGAGCCUAAAAACUGGGUAUAGUCAGAUGAACACCCCCCCCCCCCCCCACUUCCUUCUCUUUUUUCCCUUUGCUCCAUCGCACCUCUCCUGCGGGGAUGCAACACUGCAAGUAGAAAGCCACUGCCGUGACUCAUUACUUCACACAGGGAACCUGCUGCAUAGAAAACAGAGGAGAGAGAGAGAGAGAGAGAGCGAGAGAGAGAGAGGGAAAGAGAGAGAGAGAGCAGCUUGGCAGUUUGGUUUGCCAUCUUUUCUCUCAAGCAAUCAUCUCCAACUUCAGUGAGCAGAUGGGGAUGCAGAGCACCUCUGGUUAUAGAGAGCACAGGUGCCGUCUCCUGCUCAGGACAGCCAGACAAUGUGUCUUCAUAUCCUGGGUUUCAUUCAGUCUGCUGAAACAGGAUUCUGGAGCUUUAUGAGAAUAUUCUUGGUGUCUUAUCCUGCAUUUGUUUUACAAAAAAACAAAAACAUUUAUUUGGAGAUUCAUCAAUUACCUUGGAAUUGGCAUUGUCAACACAAGGUCCAUUCUGCUACUAAGUGGACAUACAUUCUCUAUGAGAGAUAUACCUGGGGAAAUCAGGUUUCAGGAAGCCCCCUACCACAAAUCAGGUUUCUCGUUUACAUGAGAUGAGACCAGUUUACUGGAGAAAGUUGACUGUAACUUAGUCACUCAAUUGACCAUCAAGCUUAUGAUAUGGACAGAAAAACUUGUGUCCCGCCCUUUUAUUUACUGAUGAUUAAAAACCAGGGAGAGAAAAAAUAGUGAAAACUGAAAGUUAGUGGAACAGAAUCUAACCUGGAUACAGAGCGAUUUCAGCUCUUUGUAAGCAUACAGUUACCAAGUGAUCAAUCAGUUAAUCAACCGGCUAAUACCUCUAAUCUCUCUCUCUCUCUGCUAACCGUUUUUCUAGCUCAGACAUUUUGAUCACAAAGUAAACAAAGACAGAGGGUUUUCCUCUGUAUCGACUCCGUUCGUCUCUGCCAUUCGAAGAGGAACAGAGACCCAGAUGAACCGAUAUCUUCUUAUCUGUGAAACCCUGCGAUCUCCUGGGCCUUAUAAAAAAAUCCAUGGACUUCCAAGGACCCACCCCUGACUUGUAAAGAACAGUGCUCAAAGAGACUUUUCCUUUUUUGAUACCAAGGGAUUUGGUGUCACAACCUCAAGGCCAGUUAUUGCACCUCUAAAGGGAAUUGUUAAGGACACACAGUGAAGCUGGUCUUCAGUUCUCAUUUUUAAACACAUGAAAGUGCCAAAAGUACUAAAGUGACUCUUUGGGGUAGACUGGGAUUAUGGUUGUUAUUUAUAUGAAUGUAAUGCCAUUGUUGCAUCUGUAUUUGAUGAGUAUAAUGUAGGCUAGAGAGACUUUGUGGCAUUACUGCACUCAGUGUAACAGGAUGUUGUGUUAAGUCACCAUACUCAGUGUGGGAAUUUGUAGUGUUCUUGUACAUAUUUCUUCAUAUUUUCCUUACAGCCUACACACUACAGUAACAUAAAUGUGUAAAUAUUCAUGCACAUGCUCUGCUGUGAAGAGGCAUUGAAAUCACUGCAGUCGGACUGUUUUUAUAGUGUUGCUACUCGAGGUAUUCCAAACACAUGCAAGUAGCAAAUUAAUGUGUUUUACAUUUUGUGGCAAUCGUCAGAUGCGAAUCAUUUACUCCUCGCAGUCGGAGCCAUGUUGGUGCGCCGCAGCCAUUUUGUGGGAAGUGUCUCCCACACUCCACUCAAUACAUGCAGUAACGACAAUCGGUCUGGCACCAACAUCUAUCAACACCCUCUGCUCCAUCUCUGUCACAUCCCAAUAAUGGACCAUAAUGGCAGUGUGGUGCAUGCAUCAGAAACACGCUGAGGAAUCACAUUUCUUUGAUAAAGGAGAAGGUAAUAAAUGCUGCCCCGGACCUGAUGACAGCAGCUGUGUGUGUGUGUGUGUGUGUGUGUGUGUGUGUGUUUGUGUGUGUUGGCGUGUGUGAUGAGCUUCAUUAUACGUCCAAUUGGCCUGUCCCAGGGUCCCAGUUCAGUGCCUCGGCAAAGAGCGAGCUGAUGAAACUGCCUUCUGCUGACAAUCAGGAGAACUAGGUCACCUCUGAAGCAGCACCCCAGAGGCCAAGCAGUUUGAGUCCAAACACCCCUAGGAGCCCAGCUCAUGGACAAGUAUUGUUUAAACACACACAACAAGAUGUGAAGUCACCAAAACUGGGGGCCCAAGUUCAGACACUACAUCAUUUUUCUGUUGUUUGUGUUUGUACAUAUGUGAAUGUGUUUGUGUGUGUGAGAGAAAAAGAAGCUUCCUUGGGGCUAGAUAUCUCUGAAACAGUGUUAUCUAUGUAUUCACCCAGGGAGAAUAAAUGAUAGACGGUUACAGGAACAUUUGUUGUGAUCCAAGCGUGGACCUCUUAUUGUCUUCAUCAAUGUCCAGCUUUUAUUGUGGUGAAGAUUUUAGACGUCAGUCAGCAGACGUCAGAAUGUAUAUUUAUGCCCUUUACACAAGUCAUUGUUUUUAAUACUUCCAGGAAAAUAGUAUUUGCUGUAGAAAGAAAAACUUUAGAAAAAUUUUUGUCAAUAAAUGUGAAUAUAAUGU